UUAUGUCAGAUGUCAAUGUAUGAAUAUUGUUGAAUUGUGAGAUAACCUAAAAACUUUCGUUUCAGGUUGUAAAAUAAGUAAAAAUAAAUUGAAUUUGAAUCGAAAUUUAUCUAACCAGACCUCAAAAUGUUACGUAAUUACCGAAAACUUCUUUUUAAGAAUAAUGUGUGUCCAGUUAUCAUACAUAAAAAGAAUUUUUUGUCCAAGGAAUACAAAUGUACAGAAGCUUGGAAUAACAUGAACUCGUCGCCUGUAUUUAAUAAGAUCAAUAUUCAUGAUUUCUACAAUGUACUAGAUCAAAAUUAUUCCUCAAAAGGUGUCUUAAGCGCCAUAGAUGUUGAUAUAUUUGCUAACGCAAUCAAAGAUCAGGGCCAUCUAGAAGAGCUUAAGGAUCUACUGCAUAAACUCCGAACCACGGCAGAAACCGGCAAUAUGUUGGAAUCAACACAACAAGCUACUGUACGGAAUUUCAUGGAGUUUGGUGAUGUAAAGGAGCUGGUAGAAAUAUUAAAAGAUCCUCUAAACUUUGGUGUUUUCCUAGAUGACUAUACUGCAAAUAUGUUACUGGAUAAAUUGUUAACAUUGAAUAACUACGAACUUGCUGCUAGAGUAGCUUCUUUAGUAAUGCUGCAAGAGGAAUUUAAUCAUGAACUAACAUGUGCUUUGUGCCAAUAUGCUUGCUACAAAUAUAUCACUACUUACACACCAACACCAUCAGAACCUGCCCCACCUGAAGAGAAAAACAAGAAGGUUGAAGAAAUUAAAAUCAGAGUCAAAUUUAUUCGAAAUCCCUUCUUUGAUGAUCACUUUGACAUCAAAGACACCCUUUUACUAUCUGGCAAAACAUUAGCUUGGAUUUCAGAGAGAGCAGACAACAAUUUAAAUAACAAUCUACAAAUUAUUGGAUGGCUUAAGUACAAGAAGUAUGAUAAACUGGCUGCUUUCAGUCAGAAAAUAAGCAAUGAGAAAUCAUUUAAAGUAUACAAGGAGGUCAUAGAAGUUUUGGAGAAAGAAAAUGCUGUUAUUGAAGCCGAAUUCAAACCCAUCUUAGAAAAUUGUAUGUCAACCUUAAGUAAAGCUGAACAGAAUACUGAAGCGUCUUUAGAAGAGACAUUGAAAAAUGCAAUUGAGAAUGCCAUCAAUAAAACACAUAAGAAUGAUGUUUCACAGCAGAAGCAGCUAUUUGAGUCAUGGGCGAAACUAAGAGAACAAAAACUUCAAGAACAAGCUCAAAGGCUGGAUCGGGCGCGCAGGAUCCAACUCAUUCAACAAAAGCAAAAUGAAAUGCAGGAACAAGAACAGAAACUAUGGUUCUUUGAAAAUGAAGAUAAAAUUGAUCUUGAAAUAGAAGAAAAAGAGAAACUUGUUGACAAGACUGUAACAAAGAAAAAAGCAAGCAAAACUACUGAUGAAGAUUAUAUACCACCCGAGAUUCUACCGAAAAGGAAGUAGGGUUUUAAGAUGUUAGAAUAAAAUAUUAGAUUACAUA